AGAAUCAUGUUGCGCAUGCCGAAUGUUGGCCGAGCUUUGGCCGGAGCCACCAAGGGCAGCCUGGCUCCAUCCUACCCAGUGCGCACUAAUGUGCGUGCUGCUGGCAAUAUGGUGGAAGUGUUUGUUGAUGGGAAACCAGUGGAGGUAGAGCCUGGUACUACUGUUCUGCAGGCCUGUGAGAAAGCAGGAAUCCAGAUCCCAAGGUUCUGCUACCACGAGCGCCUCUCAGUGGCUGGGAAUUGCCGCAUGUGUCUAGUAGAGAUUGAGAAAGCCCCAAAGCCAGUAGCGGCUUGUGCCAUGCCUGUCAUGAAGGGUUGGAACAUCCUAACAAAUUCAGAGAAGACUCGCAAAGCCAGAGAGGGAGUCAUGGAAUUUCUGUUGGCCAACCACCCACUGGACUGCCCAAUUUGUGAUCAGGGUGGAGAGUGCGACUUGCAGGACCAGUCCAUGCAGUUUGGUUCUGACCGCAGUCGCUUCACGGAGCAGAAACGAGCAGUGGAAGACAAGAACAUCGGCCCACUCAUCAAAACGAUCAUGACUCGGUGUAUUCAAUGCACACGCUGUGUCCGUUUUGCCAGUGAAAUUGCUGGAGUUGAAGACUUGGGAACAACGGGAAGGGGGAACAACUUGCAAAUCGGGACCUAUGUGGAGAAGAUGUUCAUGUCUGAGCUAUCAGGGAAUGUUAUUGAUAUUUGCCCAGUCGGCGCUCUAACUUCCAAGCCAUACGCGUUCACUGCACGACCUUGGGAAACGAGGAAAACUGAGUCAAUUGACGUGCUGGAUGCCGUGGGCAGUAACAUUGUGGUGAGCACAAGAGGAGGUGAGGUGAUGAGGGUUCUACCAAGGCUGAAUGAAGACAUUAAUGAAGAAUGGAUCUCUGACAAGACCAGGUUUGCCUAUGACGGUCUGAAGAGGCAGCGGUUGACUCAGCCAAUGGUUAAGGAUGAGUCAGGUCAGCUGACCCCAGCGAGCUGGGAGGAUGCUCUGACCCGUGUUGCUGGAGCUCUACAAGGUGUACAAGGCACCGAAGUGGCGGCCAUCGCGGGAGGCAUGGCAGACGCUGAAGCUCUUGUUACCCUUAAAGAUCUCCUCAACAGGUUGAAUUCAGAAAACCUCUGCACGGAGGAGGUCUUCCCUAUGGCCGGAGCCGGCACUGAUUUGCGGUCCAAUUAUCUUUUAAACACGCGCAUUUCUGGCAUUGAGGACUGUGACCUGCUUCUGCUGGUCGGGACGAACCCACGCUACGAAGCCCCGUUGUUCAACGCCAGAAUCCGUAAGAGCUGGCUUCAUAAUGAGCUACGUGUUGCACUAGUGGGUCACAGCGUUGACCUGAGUUAUACGUAUGACCAUCUUGGAGAAGAGACAUCAGUCCUGAGAGAGCUAGCUAAUGGAACACACCCAUUCUGCAAGGUCCUUGCAGCUGCUCAGCGACCCGUUGUCAUUGUGGGCAGUAGCGCUCUACAGAGAGAGGAUGGUGCUGCCAUUUUAAGUUCAGUGUCCACCAUCGCACAGAAUGCCAGAACCAGUAGCGGAGUGGAGGAAGGUUGGAAAGUUCUCAAUGUCCUGCACAGAGUGGCCAGUCAAGUAGCGGCCCUGGACCUGGGUUACAAAGCAGGCGUGGACGCAAUCAGGAAUAAUCCACCCAAGGUCUUGUUCUUGCUUGGAGCAGAUAGUGGGUGUGUCACCCGAGCUGACCUUCCUAAAGACAGCUUCAUUAUCUACCAGGGUCAUCAUGGUGACGUUGGCGCAACAAUGGCAGAUGUAAUCCUCCCCGGUGCUGCGUACACAGAGAAAAAUGCCACAUAUGUCAACACGGAGGGUAGGAGUCAACACACCCGGGUGGCCGUGACUGCGCCGGGAAUGGCCCGAGAGGAUUGGAAGAUCAUAAGAGCUGUGGCGGAGCUGGCAGGUAUGACGCUGCCUUACGACUCACUGGACGAGGUCAGAUCCAGGCUUGCUGAGGUGUCUCCAAACCUGGUGCGGUAUGAUGACGUGGAAGAGGCAAACUAUUUUAAGCAGGCAAAUGAACUUGCUAAGGGGGUGAAGCAGGACCUGAUCGCUGCUCCUCUCAUACCACCUCAAAUCUCAGUAAAGGACUUCUACAUGACAGACUCCAUCAGCAGAGCCUCGCAGACAAUGGCCAAGUGUGUGAAAGCCAGCACAGAGGGGGCGGCCGCAAUUGAAGAGCCCUCUAUUUGUUAA